AUGGCCCCUUGGAUAUCUCAUAUUGAGACGUCUCCUCCCGUCUAUCCGCAUGCGGCAGUCCCGCCUUCGUUCCUCGACUCCGGCGACCGAGGGGGUGCCUUGGCCGUUGCAGGCCGUUCUGAGGAAACGUCUGAGGAACCCCUUCUCAGGAAAAGGGGGAAAGCAGGCGGCGUGCGAGCUUCGCUUCUAACAGGACAAAGGAAGGGCGACGACAAAGGCGUCACAAUGGUACCGCCCAGGUGGGACAGCAGAAAAGGUGUCGCACCCCUGGCACACGAUCCGGUGCGCUACGUCGGACACUAUGGUGACGUGACGCCGUCACCGUCCUCGGACGAGGACGGCACACCCAAGAGCUCGGUCUUCUUCCCUCCGUGCACUUCAGCAAGGUCUGAGGGGCCAGCCCAAGAGAGACAAGGCGGUGAACGACUGACAGUGUCGAAGAAGAGAAACGUUUUUUGGAAGAGCCGGUCCACGGCACCAGAGCAAGACCAACAGGAGGACCACCCCAACGGAUCCGUCGAAGGGCCACCUUCUACCGGGGCGCGGGUCUCUUUUUUCAGCUGCACGAAAACGGACUCUCCACGCGACGCCGCUGAGACCCAGACAGGAACCGACACGUCCACGCCAGCUUGUUUGGGAGGACCAACCUCAAAUGAAGGUAGCUCUGCGACGGAAAAGGCACUCUGGGGGAAGCAGUCACCACUCUGUGAAGUCGCCGUCGGCUGCAUUUGCCGAUGUAUCACCCUUUGCCGUUCCGUCAGUUUCCCGGCCUUGUGGAGGGGCUACGGAAGGCAUUUCAGUGGCCUUGUCCAUGGGCAAACGAAAGCGAAGGAGGAAGCGGCAUCUGCCAACCCGGAUGCCCUCCCCUCUGGCCCGCGCGAUUCUGCGAGUGUCUCAAGGACGUCUUUUGUUUCGAUUUCCUCGACAAAUGUUCCAGCUGACUGUUCUGGCGGUCACCACAGCGACAGCGCUACCAGCGGCGUUAAUCAUGAGGAUUCAGAGAAAGGUGAGGAGGCAUACAAGCGAGACGAGUCUAGUCUGUAUAGAUCAGGAGACCGGUGCGGACUUCCGCACCUUUCUGUGACCUCUGUUGAGGAUCCCUGGACGUUUCUGGCUGUCCAUCUUUCGUCCACAUCUUCGCCCAUGUCCCCCUCGUCUUCCCCCUCUGUGAACGGAGCGACAUCUUCCUUCUCUUACGCGCCCCUGAGGCCCUCUGACCUCGUCGAUCCUCCUCGCGCUUUCGGCGAUGGUGCCGCUGAGUCGGACAUUGGGACAGCGUCUGUCAUUUCGUCUGGGGACUCUGGGAUCUCUUCUUCCUUUGUAAGCUCGGCAGAGCCUCCAGGGAACCAGACGUCUGUACAGACUCAUACGGGCAGUCAAGGCCAAGGGCCAGGAGACGCACCGGAACGUUCAGCAGACCAGGCGGGCUCUCCGGUCAAAUUCUUUCACCGUCUCUGCUCCCGUCGGUGGGGUAGGGAACGGGAACGUUCCACAGCACCUGCGGCAGAAGAUGCGUCUGCGUCCGCUGAGGCGUUUCAUUCGCCCCCUCUUGGGGAAUCCUGUUCUAGUGGUACAGAGGGAGAAAAAUUAGAACCGGUGGCAACAGGGAAAAGCGAGGUGGAGUACGAGGGAAGUGCUCGUGCGAUGAAGACAGAAGAGCCACAGGUCUUGGCAAUUAGAAAUCAGCAUUUUGUCUCUGUGAAUCCAGAGUUCUUGGCCACCACUGAAAUGCCUCAGUUCGCACUUGUGACACGGCACGAAGGGCUUCCUGCAGUGCCGGGAAAUUCCAGCGUUUCUGUCUUCCACGGGGAAGCGACUGUGCAGCGGGAACCCCUUACGCCUGACACAGAACGCCUCGAUCCUUUUGGUGAAGAUGGCAUAAACGACGGCAUGGCAAUACACAGUCGCAAAGUUCGUGCGAAGGUGCUGAAGAGCUGGUUCCAAAGUCGGCACACGCGCCUGCUUAGCGCCAUCGCUUUGCUUUCGAUGCUGCUCCUUUUCUCUCAGUUUUUGACCCUGCCCGUCUGUGUUUUUGGAAGCGUUUUCCUGCUGAGUGCUGGAACGUUGAUGAUCAGUUUUGUUUAUCUGAUACGCGUUCAUGGGCUUGCUGUGGCAGUGUCUCCAAAAACGGCAAAAAUGUUAGAGGAGGAAAGGCUGCUUGACUUGCUGUACGUACAGCUGUCUUCUGGAAGGCACAGCUUUUACAUUUCUCGCCUUCUCGCUCUUCUGUUCUCCAACCCGACCCCUGAAGAGGCUUUAGCACUUCUGGAGGGCUGGCACCCGCUUCUCGUCAAGGUUCUCACGACUCGAGGGAUCAUUCAUGCUAUGCCCAAGUCUUGGAAGUGUGUUUUUUAUGGGACCGGGGAAGGAAGCAGGAAGAUGGAACGGCGCAUUGAGACGAGUCACGUAACCUUGCCGUGCGCGCUCGGCGACAGGGACGCCUUCGAAGAGGACGAAAACGGGAGACAAACGCAGAGGGGCGAAGCUGGUCAGGUGGCAAGAGUUAUGGGGCAAACGUGGACUGAAGAACGAACGGCAAGACUCAGUGGAAAUGACAAACGGCGGGAUACGGUGUCAGCGCUCCACACUAGAGAGCCGGGACUGAACCGAGAACCUGCAAUACGAGAGGAGCCAGAUGAAGAAAGAAGAGACCCCAUGCGGUGCGUGAUUAACGGGCGCGGCACUUCCGCAAUGCGUCGAUAUUUUUCCUUCUCGUCCUCCACAGACUGUAUGGAAACAACUCCGCAGCUUCAUCGCCCACAACCGCCACCUGGUGAAGCAUCCAAAGACCCGUGUAUGCUCUCUUGUGCACCUUACCGCGCACACGCAUGUGACGUCUCUUCGCCCACGAUGCAGCCGCAAGGGAAAGAUGAAAGAGCAGAGUCUCCUCAUUGUCUUUUGACUACGACGACCGAAGGACCGCUCUCGAGACUCCUGUCCAGAGCCGGCAGCGUUGAAAAUAGCGCAGCGACCGCGGAUGGACUUGUCGCAGCUCUCGACUUGAAACCAGAAGACACUCUCCCCUGGUCGAAGGAACUUAUCCCACCUCCUUUCCCCGCUCAUCAGUUCGUCCCCUCGUUCGACGCGUAUUAUACGGGCCGAGAUUUGAAAACAUCGAAACUCGAGAGACAAGCUUGCCAAGUCGUCAGCCAACUGGGACUCCGCGCGGGUAAGGAGACAAAGCAGGGCCUGGCAACGGAACUUUUCGUCCCCUACCUAUCCUGCUCCUUUCUCAGGACCGCGGCGACAACUUUUUCCUCCUCUCGCUCCCGUCUUGGCCCGCCUCGUGAUCACGAGGCUUAUGACUUCUCCAGGGUUAAGAGCCUCCGUCGAAAGGCUAAAGACGAGGCUUCUGCCUGUCGCCGUCACGUGCGCUUUCCUCGCAUCCCUCCUGCGGCAGCGAACGGUAUGCUCGGCCACAUUGUAGACAUUCACAGUGCGUGUUGCAUGCAAGAACCACUCGUUAAAAGUGUGCACUUUCCUGUGUCGAUGUCCGGUGCUGACAAUAGCUUAACUGUCAGUAUACCGGCCACCGCAGAGACGUGCAUUUCCUGGGCCGAUGCCUGCCGGUGUUGUUGUGCACAGAUCCGGAAGACUUACCAGCGUCUGCCUCUGGGUUUCCUCUUUUGGGUAUUGUUGUCUUUCUAUCUCUUUCUUGUUCGUUCUCCGGGCCCUCCUGCGUGGCUGCUUCGUCUUCUUCGACUUCGCCGUCGGCCCUGUCACUCUGAUCCAGCAUUUCACAGGGCUGUUUCACCUAUUUCAGAUCAAGAAUGCUGCCUCAGAAAACAAGGCACUAUCGGCGAUGACAAAGAGCGACGCAUGCGAGGCUCCCUUUCGUUGGCGGUUCAAAACCGCGGCGGUCCUCCAUUCUCGUCGAUCCUGUGCUCUCCGCGUGCCACUGGAAGAGCGUCGCAGUCCUUUCCCGAAAGCAACGCUGGAAAUAUGGACGUUGACAGAGUAAUUCCAGUGAAGGAUCCUCACUGGGAAGUCUGUAAGGAGGUCACCACUCAGUUCUUUGUUGAACAGUUCUGGCCGUUCACACUGCAACACACACACGGGUAUUGUCAUGACGGCAAAAGAGACCCUGAAGGGCAAUAG